GGUUGCAGCCAUUGCGCUGAAGAGCAUCCCACAUUCAACAGGAGGAACCCGUGGGAGAGAAGCUCCGACCGCUCCUCACAGCCGCAGCCUGUGCGCCCCGCGGACCCUUGCGCACCAUGGCCAAGGAAGGCGUAGAGAAGGCGGAGGAGACAGAGCAGAUGAUCGAGAAGGAGACCAACAAGGAGCCUGCUGAGGGCGGCGACGGCUCCCACCGCCUCGGGGAUGCCCAGGAGAUGCGCGCUGUGGUGCUGGCCGGCUUCGGCGGGCUCAACAAGCUGAGGCUCUCCAGAAAGGCCAUGCCGGAGCCACAGGACGGCGAGCUCAAAAUCCGCGUCAAAGCCUGUGGAUUGAACUUCAUUGACCUGAUGGUGCGACAAGGGAACAUUGACAAUCCUCCUAAGACACCCUUGGUGCCAGGAUUUGAGUGUUCUGGGAUUGUUGAAGCUCUAGGAGACAGCGUGAAAGGAUACGAGAUUGGGGACCGUGUCAUGGCAUUUGUCAACUACAAUGCCUGGGCUGAGGUGGUCUGCACACCAGUAGAGUUUGUCUAUAAGAUCCCAGAUGACAUGAGCUUCCCCGAGGCCGCUGCCUUCCCCAUGAACUUCGUCACGGCAUACACCAUGCUCUUUGAGAUUGCCAACCUACGGGAAGGGAUGUCUGUGCUCGUGCACUCAGCUGGCGGUGGAGUGGGUCAAGCUGUGGCUCAGCUAUGUUCUACUGUCCCCAAUGUGACCAUCUUUGGAACAGCUUCUACUUUCAAGCAUGAAGCCAUCAAAGAUUCUGUGACCCACCUCUUUGACAGAAAUGCAGACUAUGUGCAAGAAGUAAAAAGGAUCUCUGCUGAAGGUGUGGACAUUGUUUUGGACUGCCUGUGUGGGGAAAACACCGGCAAGGGGCUCAGUCUCCUCAAGCCUCUGGGGACCUACAUUUUAUAUGGUUCAUCCAACAUGGUAACUGGAGAGACCAAGAGUUUCUUUAGUUUUGCAAAGUCAUGGUGGCAGGUGGAGAAAGUGAACCCCAUCAAGCUAUAUGAAGAAAACAAAGUCAUCGCAGGAUUCUCACUCCUCAACCUGCUCUUCAAACAGGGCCGCUCAGGCCUCAUCCGGGGAGUGGUGGAGAAGCUCAUCGGGCUGUACAACCAGAAGAAGAUCAAGCCUGUGGUGGAUUCUUUAUGGGCCCUGGAGGAGGUAAAGGAGGCCAUGCAGCGUAUCCACGACCGAGGAAACAUCGGGAAAUUAAUUCUGGAUGUGGAAAAGACCCCGACUCCGCUGAUGGCCAAUGACAGCACUGAGACCAGCGAGGCAGGGGAGGAAGAAGAGGACCAUGAAGGCGACAGCGAGAACAAGGAAAGGAUGCCCUUCAUCCAGUAAGACCUCAUAUCCGAGAACGUAAAGGACGGCUGGCAAGAAAAUGGCCGCCAUGAGACCUCUCCUGUGCCCCAGUGAACAAAUGCUGUAGUCCAGUGCGUGUCGUGUUUGUCUGCAGUCAGCCAAGCUAAGAAGCUGUUGAUCACUGUUGUGUUUGGAAUUAAGUGCCAAUCCCAUUCCAUGCAGUAUUGUGUACCUUCUUGGUCUGGGUAUCACACUCUUCCCCUCUCCCUCGUAUCAAACCCAUCCUUCUUCGGGUCCUUCUUGACAGUUCUAGAAUAACCUUGCAAAUUAAUACAAGACCACAGGGCCCAAUGUCUGAAACCAGACAUGGGCAAGGCCAAGUUUGAUUGAAAGGUGUUGUCACAGAGCCCUGUCCAGAUCCCAUUAUUCUUCAGGCCAAUGACACUCUUUGCCUGCCAGCAAUCAGCUAUGCCUCCAACUAUGGCACUUGUCAGUUUGGCUAGUGGCAAGAGAGUAGGCCAAGAGAAGAAUUCACAAUCUUAUAAAUGCAGACUUCUCCAAGCAGUGCUUUGUCACUCUCCCUCUAAGAGGCUCCAUCCCCGUAUUUGUCUCUGCACCUUAAGGUUUGAGCCUCUCUUUAACCCUGGUCCCUGGUUCUUAUUCACAAACCCAGGGAGCCAGGUACGCGUUCUUUCUAGGAUAGAGAUGGGUCAACAGCAUCUAUCUGAGGACCAGCUACAGAGACCUCUCCUCUGAAACCACAUCUCAUGAGCAAAGUCCUCCCCAUGGCCACACACAGUUUAUUUAAACCAUAAGGACACUCACCAUGUGUAGGCCUAACUCAGAUGUCAUUAAACUCACCGCGGUUCUCACCCUCAGUCUUCAGAAUUACUGUGGUUAUUUCUAAGUUCCUGCCCAAGAAACAGCUUUCCCAAGGAAGAGCUCCCUUGAAGACAACAUUUGGAAUGGAAAAAUCAGUUGGUUUCUUUUGCCUUCUAGAAGCAUGUUCUACUGUGCAAUCAGCACAAGGGAUAUAGAUGGUGGCUAUCCAGCAUCUGAUGCCGAGUGUAUGGUCCCCCUCUCCAACACACAAAAUCAUGGUGCUGACUUACAGGCUCCUUAGAAAUCAGAGACCAAACUGCUUGAUCACAUACCCUAUUCAAUUUUCCAGCUUGAAAGAAAUAUCCUAGACCUUUUUAAUGGACUUUGAAGUGACAACAGUUACCUUAAAGGAAAAGGAGUCUCCCUCCACAGUGGGGAUCCUUCCAGCCCUCUGUCUUAAGAGUGCAUAUGUCACUCAUAAACCAAGCUAGAUAAAAAAAAGUCACCCAUGAAAUUGGCACCCUGAAUUUAUUUUGCUUUGUGGAAUCUCCCAUGACCUUGAGUUGGUGUUCCAAGUUUCUUUACAUUCUUGAAGACAUUAAGAGGGUUCCUGUGUUGCCCACCUUCUUCAACCCCAUGCUUUUCCCAUGGGCUGGGAACACACCCAUUUCAACACUUCCCUGUUCGGUUUGCAAAGUCUCUGUAGCUGGUCUCAUGUCAUUCAUUGUGUUCCUUUUUCUGGAUUCUGAAUCUGUGAUGAUGAUUUCUUCAUGCCAAAUAUUUACCUGAAUGGAGUCUUUCCUCACUGUGACUGUAUGAGUCAAAUAUGAAGAUGAGAAAAGGUACCACCAGCCAAUAAGCCAAGGGAUGAGAAUAUCGAAAAGAAAGUGCCAAUCACAGACUUUUGUUUUCUAGCCCCGGGGAGUGGCUAGCACUCCAGAGAGAUGAUGACCCUUGCUAAACGUGGUGUAAUCAGCCACAUUUCUACCAUAAUCAUGCUUAAGGGUGGGUAGACCUGAGGACCACUCUCAAAGUGCUAUUACUAGUAUGUAGAAAUAGCCUUCUGGUCACUGGCCAUAGGAAGGUUCUCCUUCGGGAGACACAGAACCUGACCCACAUUCAGAAUGCAGAUGGUCUUGUCAUGUACAGCAGAGACACACAGGAAGUCAUCUCUCCCCAACCUCUGAUUACACAUGGCAAACCUCUCCUCUACUGAGAACUCAGAAUGUGAAAACCUGAGUAUGACGAGCAUUGCCCUGGAGAACAGGAGGGUGGGUAAGGGACAACUGGAAUCAGUCGGUCACCCUGUGGACUCUUGUGUUAAGCACCUUCCUUCCCCUCUCUCGAUGGUUUCCUGGAGGAAUCAUAAAGAAUAUCUGUUUGCCUUAAGGGAACCGCAAAGGCUUCCUGGAAGGUUGAGCUUUAUUGGAAUGAACCAAACAUCGUCUAAUGUGUCUGUGGCUUCAGAGCUUUCGUUAUAUUGUUAUAUUGUGCCUACAGAGCAAAAUAUGUUUACAUAAAAAUAUAAAUAAAGUAUUCAGCAUAGCAUAA